AUUACAUCAUCGUCUCGCGCCGUUACUCUGGCAACGCUUGUAACCGUUACCCUCAGCCGUUUAGCUAGCUCGUCAACUUUGCUCGUAAAUAUCAGAUUUGAUGCCAAAAAUAAGCUCGGACACGCUAUGGGAGCAGGCUGCGGAGGAGGUCCGCAGUCGGGAGACUGAAGGCGGGGAGGAGGAAGGAGGAGAGCCGGUCAGUGAGAGGAGCGUGUUUCUGACGGGGAGCAAAGCUGCGGGUAAAACGUCCAUUCUCCUCAGGUGCCUCGACAGAGAUGAACCAUCCAAGCCGACUCUGGCACUGGAGUACACAUUCGGUAGACGGGCUCGAGGACACAACACACCUAAAGACAUAGCCCACAUAUGGGAGCUGGGAGGGGGGACCUCUUUGUCAGACCUGGUCCAGAUCCCCAUCACUCCUGUCAGCAUCAGGUCGCUCUCUGUCAUCCUCAUUCUGGACCUGUCAAAACCCAACACCCUGUGGGAAACCAUGGAGAAACUGCUGCAGGCAGCACAAGCUCAGGUGGAAAAAAUCUCUUCUAAGGCACAACAAGCACAGAAGGCCAAAUCUGGAGCCAAACACCAGACAGCUGUCCAGUCAGCAGCACGUGUCUUAGCCAAAGACUAUCCUGACAGAGAGCUGAUCAGUCCCUUUCCUGUUCCUCUGCUCAUCAUUGGCAGCAAAUACGACAUCUUUCAGGAAUUUGACUCUGACAAGCGGAAAGUGGUCAGUAAAACGCUGCGUUUCGUUGCUCACUACUAUGCGGCCUCUCUUAUUUUCACAAGCAUCAAGUCGGAAAGCUUGAUGUCAAAAACCAAAAGCUUCUUCUCCCACUUGGCCUUUGGUCUGGACAGAGGGAAAACUAUGUCCUGUGACUCCACCAAACCUCUCAUCAUCCCAGCAGGCUCUGACUCUUUCAGCCAAAUAGGGUCUCCUCCUACUACUGAUGUGGACAUAACUUCUCUGCAUGCCAAAAACCCAAAGGACCUCUGGAAGAAAGUCUACGAGCGUGUCUUUCCCCAAGAGAAUACCAGUGAGCAGCGGGAACUAAAGGAUCCAGCCAAAGACCCACAGUACAGUGAACCUCAGAUUGAUGCCAUGAGAGCCCAGAAAGACCAGGAGUUGGAUCAGUAUAAGAGGAACGCAGCUAAGUCAUGGAAAGGACUGGAGCUGGAGACAUGAGAGAUAAUCAUCUUUAUAGUCACAAACACACACAAACACACACCACCUAUCAAUGUAAAU